AUGGAAGCAAAAGCCAGAAACUUUGCUACUUGUAUACCCACAGGUAUUCAAGGCUUGACCGACAAACACCAUGAUCUCUUGUACAAGGAAUAUUGUUUGAAGAUACUUGUUCCCAGUGAAGAUGACACUUCAGAUAAUUGGUCGAAACAGUACAAUCCGUACAAAAGCUGGUCCAUGAAAUUUGCGGCAAUGUCCUAUGAAGAACUUUGUAUGGCCAUAAAUAUCCUUUUACUGGGCAUUGUCCAGAAGAGGAAUGGUUAUAGUGGUCUGUCUCUUCUACCAACACUUGUCAAAAACUUCAAGAAACUAGAGAAUGGAAUGGUCAUGUACUCUGCUGAACAUGGGGAAUAUGUUUUGGUCGUGGCUCCUCUGCUCUUGAUCGAAGCUGACACUCCCUGCCACUCUGAACUCUGUGGAAUACUUGGUCCUGCAACUUUACUCCCAUGCCGUAAAUGUUACUGUGUGCUCCGACGAAAUGUUUUUUUGGAAGUCAAGGAAUAUUUUCUCAAGAAACACAUGCCAAGGACUUGGAAACAUUAUGUGAUGGCUAAUUCUACUGACAAACGUGAGACAAUCAUGCCUGAUGUUUUAGGAACGAACACGCCUGUGAACGCAAGGGCACUUAGUUUCAUGAACCAUUCGUCUGGAUGCCUACUCGAAUUGAAAGCAUUUGACCCAUCAAAGGACACUCCAGUCGAGAUUCUCCACACAAUUCUGCUUGGUACUGCAAAAUACUUAAUCAAUGAAUUGGUGAAGAAAAAUCUCAAGCCGCACCCUGACAAACUGGAGAGACUGGCCAAUGGUUUGAAGGAGCAUGAUAUCUCGACUGGCCUUUCUCGCAAAGAUUUUAAGGUGCUACUGCAGAUUCUUCCUGGUGCUCUACUUAGGGACUUUUCUGAUAAUCAAAAAAUUGAAACAAUUUUGCCUUGCUUUGUUGAACUUGGUCAUCUAUGUUCAUUAGUAUUUGUUAGACAGAUUGAAUCUAGAUUUGAAGAGUACAUCACCCAGGUUAACCAUGCAGUGAACUCAUUAAUUGCCAAACUUCAUGAAUCUGAUAUGGCAAAUGUUGCAAACCUGAAGCACUUGCCCUUAUCCACCAAGCCAAAGACUCACAACAUGAUCCAUUUGACAGAAGAUAUCAGACGAUUUGGACCUGCCCUGAACUUUGAGACAGAAAAAGGUGAGCAGUUCAACAAGUAUAUUCGAGAGCAUCUCAUUCGUACCAACCAACUGAACACCUUGAGAGAUAUCUGCCACAAGUUCACAAAGCAGGCGGUUAUGCAACAUAUCUUUGCCAAUGGAUCAUAA